GGCGUUUCUACCGCUUCAUACUCCACACCUAAUGAACGGUUGCCGUGCAUCAUGAUCUCGAACCGAAAUUUUUCUUCAAUGGUCAGGAUGGCCCUCCGUGGCGAAAAGCCAUAUAAAAGAAUUAACCGGGCCCCCCCUGUUACGGUUACGACUACUCGUGCUUCCACCACAUCCCGCGGCUAAAUUCACACCUUGCUGCAUAACCGGCAGUCCUUGCCAGUGACCAGAUCCUUGGGCGUCGGCGUCGGACCUCCAGGCUACAUAAUAAAAAGGCUAUUCCGUCUUCUUUGUCGAUGUCUUUACGGACUCGUCAAAUCCUCAAUCACCUCUCACACCAAGCAGAAAGUACCCAACCAAAGACCAUGUCUGUGGAAAACGUGACCUUGGCCUCUGGCCACAAGAUGCCAUUGGUCGGAUUCGGUCUGUGGAAGGUUCCGGCCGACAAGGCUGCAGAUAUCGUCUACAAUGCCAUCAAACAAGGCUACCGUCUGUUCGACGGUGCUUACGACUACCAGAACGAAAAGGAGGCGGGUCAAGGUAUCAAGAGGGCCAUCGACGAAGGUCUGGUCAAGCGCGAGGAUGUCUUCGUCACCACCAAGUUGUGGAACAACUACCACAAGCGCGAGCACGCGUUGCAGAUGGCCAAGGCUCAGAACGAAGCCUGGGGUCUAGGUUAUAUCGAUCUGUACCUCAUCCACUUCCCCAUCGCCCUUCCGUAUAUUGAGCCCGAGAAACUUCGAUAUCCGGGAUGGUGGAUGGACGCCGAGCAAAAGACCAUCGAGACCGCCAAGGUGCCCCUCCACGAGACCUGGAAAGCCCUCGAGGAGGUCGUCGACGCCGGCAUUGCCAGGUCCAUCGGCGUGUCCAACUCCCAGGGACAAACCAUCUACGACAUUUUGACCUACGCCAGACACCCGAUCUCGGCCUUGCAGAUCGAGCACCACCCGUACCUCGUUCAGCCGGGCCUGAUCGACCUGGCCCAGGAGAACAAGAUCGCCGUGACGGCCUACUCUUCCUUCGGCCCGCAGAGCUUCCUCGAACUCCCCCCCGCAUUCCGCGAGAGGCCCCAGCAGGUGCCCCUGCUGUUCGAGGCCGAACCCGUCAAGAAGGCCGCCGACCGAACCGGCAAGACCCCGGCCCAGGUCCUGCUCCGCUGGUCCACCCAGCGGCGCAUCGCCGUCAUCCCAAAAUCCAACAACGUCGGCCGCUUGCAGCAAAACUUGGAGGUCACCAACUUUGACCUGACCGAGGACGAGAUCAAGGCCAUCAGUGCGCUGGACAAGGGUCUGCGGUUCAACGACCCGGGAUUCUACCUCCACAAGCCGUUGCGCAUUUUUGCCUAGAGACGACGAAUGUGCAAUUUUGAGACUGAUACCUCCUGGGAGGCUUCCGGGACGAAAUCAGCAGCUGCGGGAACGAACCUCAAGGUAGGUAGGUAUACGGAUGAGCUUCGAUCGUACAUACAAAAAUUGAAAAUAUAACACAAUUCAAC